AUGAAGCCCCCUGUGACGCACACGCCGGCUCAGAGGGUGACGCACACAGUGGUGGAGUCUUUACCAGACCAGCCACGAGGCGGACACGGGCCUACAGCCUUACCUUCUCCCCUCGUGACAGCACGUACCAAGACUUGUAGAGAAAUGGGAGCCCAUCAAAAACUCCAUGGAGUAGCGAGACUGAAGAGCAGGCCACAAUAUGGAGUUGCAGUGUUGGUGUUGGCGUCCUUGGCAGUUCCGCUCUCCAGAUGUUCGCCGGUGAAAAUUCCCAAGUGCUGCCCUCUGCACCAGCAGCUGUCGUACGACUUUGAUUCAUGCAUCGAUUACGAGAGUGCGGCUGCCACUUACAACGACACCAGCUGGUGGUUGUCGCCCGAAGUGAUCGACCAGAUGGACGCUGAGUGGGUGGUGGGUCCGGGACAGCGGCAGGCCUGUUCUGCAGCCGAGUCGACGCUGUGGCUGCAGGAGUUGGGAGACGUGGUCAUGACGGCAGGGGGCCGCCUGGAGCUGGACGUGGGUGGCGACAGCGAGCCGCUCCAGCUGGAACUGGACCCCCACCUCUACUGCCUGGACAGGACGCAGAUCGCCGGCGGGCGGCUCGUGGCGCUGUCUUGCCUGUGCGGCUCGUCGCCCCUGCGCUGCUGGACCAGCUGCUGCCCCGGCGGGUCGUCCCUCAGCUUAGUGGGCGAGCAGGCGGCGCGCUGCGUCUCCUCCCAGCACGAGCUGCCCGGCCACUGGGUGCCCCAGCCGCACCUCUUCACUCCAGGGGGCGGCGUGCCCUGGAGGGUCACCACCCUGCCCCAGUGUGAGGAGAACGAACACGUAGUGGUGCUGCCUGCUGGUAGGCGGUACCGGCUGCUGGCCGAUGGCGGCGCUGCUGUGGAGGAUGGGGAAUCCCCAGAAGGGAGACACCUGUCAGCCCACCAGUACUGCGCAGACGCGGAGCAUUUCCUGUACUGCAAGAGCAGGGUGGCCAACCCCAGCAGCGGCGAGCGCACCAGGCGCGUCGUCUACGUCUGUCUGCUGGUGCUGGGCACAGCCUUUCUGCUCGCCACUAUCGCCAUUUACUCCUGCUUCCCAGUGCUGCUGAGCCGGGUCUUGUCUCGUGCCCUGGUAGCACACUGCUGCUCUCUGGUGGCGGCCUACGUCACUGCCGCCGUACUGCACGCUGCCUCGCAUAUCCCACACCCUGCCUGCACCAUCACAGCAUUCGUCAUGCAGUUCUCUUACCUGGCCGCAUUCUUCUGGCUGAAUGUGAUGUGCAUUGAUAUAGCACUGGCAGUGAGCCGGAGGAGCCGCCCCCAGGAAGGCAGCACACACAGGGAGCGGUGCAAGUUCCUGCUGUACUCUGGGUAUGCCUGGGGUGUACCAGCCACUAUUUGUGCCAUCACAGCUGCUGUGGACUUCUCUCUGGCAGUGCCUACCACCAGCCAGCUCAAGCCCAACAUUGGCACCAGAACUUGCUGGUUCCAAGGUGAGACAGCAAUGCUGAUAUACUUCUAUGGCCCUGUCUCAUGUGUGAUGGUUGUGAACUUGUUGCUGUUCAUUUUAACUGCUGUAAAUACUACAGUUAAAAGUGAAAACCAUGGUGAUGGUACUCAAACAGGUACUAUCAAGCUCAAAAAGAGGAGACAAAGAGAAAGGUUGUUAAUGUUUAGCAAAAUAUUCAUCUUGAUGGGUCUAACUUGGGUAACUGACAUUUUGUCAUGGAUUUUUGGUGGACAGCACAAGUAUUAUUGGAUUGUGACUGACACAAUAAAUAUUUUGCGUCCCGCUUUCAUUUUCUAUAUCUUCUGCUGCAAUCGAAGAAUUCUGGAGAUGCUGGCAGCUCACCUGCCAUGUACCUCUGGCUGUUCUUCAAACCACACUAGCUCCAGUACAGAAUCAGUAAACGCAAAAAAAGGCAAAAUUCAUGGGAUUGUGGACCCAGAGGAAUAUGGAUUGGGUCAAAUAUGAGACAUGACUACUCUAAAUUGAGUAGAGGUUGUUAUAUAUUUAAGUCUUUCAAAAUCUGCAUUAAUAAGCAGGAAAUCAUGAGAGCAUAUUAUGAAAAUUUUCAUUGACACUAAAUAAAU